AUGUCAGUCAUGGGCGAGGAAUACAAGAACGUUGCCGCGCAGGGCAUGAACGCGUACGCCGCGCCCUCGCUCUUCCAACCUCACAAGGCUCGCCAAGCCAUCCGCGAUGCCCACGAGAAGAAGAUUCCCCCAUUGAUGUGCUACUAUGCUGGCCUCAGCUCUCUUCCCAUUACACGAUUCCUCGCCCCCAUGGGCUACGAUGCCGUAUGGAUCGACUGGGAGCACACUUCCUGCAACGUUGAGACAAUGACAUCUAUGGUCCACGAAGCCAUCUUCAUGAGCCAGGGCCGUACCAUCCCCUUUGUUCGCGUCCCCGGCCACGACCACGCCGCCAUCGGCUACGCCCUCGACUGCGGCGCCUCCAUCGUCGUCCCGCAGGUCGAGACGGUCGAGGAGGCCAAGCACGUCCUCUCGGCGGCCAAGUACGGCACCAAGCAGAACGGUACGCGCUCGGCGCCGCCCUUCCGGCUGAUCCCCUUCCUCACCGACACGCCGUACGACCCCAAGUCGGACAUUCACAAGUGCGUCAACAACCAGGCCGCCGUGAUGAUCCAGAUCGAGACGGCGCAGGGCGUGCGCAACCUCGACGACAUCCUGACGCAGUGCCCGGACAUCGACGUCGUCUGGCUCGGCUCGCUCGACGCGCGCGUGAGCAUGAACCUGCCGGCCAACAUGGGCGGCCCGCAGGACGAGCCCGAGUGGCUCGAGAUCCAGAAGCUCUUCUUCGAGACGAUGGACAAGCACGACAAGCCGUACGCGGGCUUCGCGUUCGCGACGCCGCCGUACGGAAGCCCCGAGAAGCUGCAGGAGGCGGCGAAGCGCAUGAGCUUGAUCUCGAUGUCGGCGGAUGUGCUGCACCUCGGCAUGAUGGCGAUGGAUCUGCAGCAGGCGAAGCAGAUUGUCGGGCCGGUUGGGCAGAAGAAUGGGGACGCGAAGAAGAACGGGGAGAAUGGAGAGAAUGGCAAGUGA